AGGCAACCGCAUGACAACAGAAAGCUCUGUGAGAGAUGUUAGUUUUGUGCAGAGUAAAAGUAGAUUGUUGUAAAAUUUGUUAGAUUUAAUAAAGGGCUAUUUGUAUAUAAAUAUGAAAGAAAACUCAGUUGAGAUUGGGGAAGCGGAUCUACCCGGUAUUUUUGUAGAGAGGACUUUGGCUUUGAUCAAACCAGACGCUAUUGAUAAAGCAGAUGAAAUCGAAGAUAUGAUCCUACGCUCAGGAUUCACUAUUUUGCAGAAACGUAAGCUUCAGCUGAGCCCAGAGCAGUGCAGCGAUUUCUACACCGAACAUUAUGGACAGCCGUUUUUUCCGAGUUUGACGGCGUUCAUGAGCUCCGGCCCGAUUAUGGCUCUCUCUCUAGCGAGGCGUCAAGCCAUCACAACUUGGAAAGAUCUGAUGGGACCAGGAAACUGCACCAAGGCCAGAGAGACACAUCCUCAAAGCUUGAGAGCGAAAUUUGGGACAUCUGGCUUAAGGAAUGCUGUACACGGCAGUGAAACAUCGUCGGCAGCUGAAAGGGAGAUCAGGUUCAUGUUUUCCAGCACAGUAAUUGAGCCCAUUCCCAGGGGUGAAGCUGCCACAGAUUACCUGAACAGGUGUAUUAACCCAACACUCCUUACUGGCCUUACUGAGCUCUGUAAAACAAAACCAGCCGAUCCUUUCACUUGGCUGGCUGAAUAUCUGAUACAAAACAACCCAAAUAAACCCCAAAUAAGUGAAGAGAUUGCAGAUGAAUAUGCAACUUAAAUAUAAAUGACUACGUUUCCACUGUGAAGCACGGAGGAGGAGGUGUGAUGGUGUGGAAGUGCUUUGCUAGCUGAUAGUUAUCCAUCAUUGAAGACACAUUUAACCAGCGCAGUUACCACAGCAUUGUGCAGCAAUUUGUUUUUGUUUUCAACAUGACCAUGAAUUCUUUAAAGAAUGAAAACCAUAAAACAUAAUCUGGGUUAUUUUACUACU